AUCGACUUUGCCACCUUCUGCGAGAUGGGUCCUAAAUCUCAAGAUAUGACAGAAGUCGAGCGCUAUCAGAUUCAAGUGGAGGACUUGCUGCGCGAUGUGAAAGAUCGGGAAGACGACGAUCCACUCGUCUGCAAAGGAAAGGAUCGCAUUCGAACCAUGUUGCUGCGGAUGAAGGUAUCACUGCUUGAAGAAGAUGAAGACGAUUUAGUUGGACUUGCGAAGGACCUCUUCGAGUUUUCCUUCUCAAUGAUUGAGCUCCAAAUUUUGACAUGGAAGAAGUUCGAGGGGCAGGAUGAGACAAUCGUGAAGACAAAAGGCGCGGUGAAGGACAUUAUGAUAUAUCUUUUAUUAGAGGAUGAGAAACAGGUUCACAAGAUCGCUCUCCGGUGUCUCGUCGAUAAAGGGUGCCUAUGCCUGUUCGACGCGUACGCACAAUUCAAGCUUUUAGGUAUGAGUCCUUCGACCCCCAGCUUUCGUGUCAUCGUGCGGGACCUCCGCAAGCUUUUGGACAAAAACGGCGACGUGAGGGAGGUCCAGUUCUGGGCUCGUAUUAGGUCUGACUACAACGCGGCUGACGUCGACGACGUUGAAAUCACUUAUGCAGCGUUAUGCGACUUCGGUGCUGACGUGGAAAUCCAACUAAAGAAUAUCAUUAACAUCCAGGCGGAACAGAACAAGGCAUACCAAGACACUGGUUCAAUUAUCGAAACAUUCAGCUCAUCUAUACGGCUCGCAGAAGGACAUGUUAAGCUUGUCAACGAUACGAUUGGUGAAAAUGAUCCUGAAAACCCAACCGAGCACCAGCUGGAACUAAUCGAGUCACGACAAAACAACCGCGUUCAAAUCGAGAAUACCACACUAGCAAUCGCGCGACAACAAAUGCGCCUUGCCGAGAUCGAGGCAGAACUUAAUCACACGAAGCGAGUGAUGUUUUUUUUGCAACGUGGUAUCGCUAUCCUGAGGCAAGAAGACGCGGUCCAAAAGCUUCUCGUCACCCACAGCAAUGUUAUUAGACAAGCAGGUAACGAAGCGGCACACAUGCUUGAAGAAACACGCAAUCAGUGGUAUGAACGAGUUGAGAGGGCGGUGACUGAAUACUCCGGCGUAAUGAAUGAGGAGGCGCAAAAUUUGUUCUUCGCACUGAAGAAUCAGGGGUUCCCACCAGAUCUUCCGGAUGACCACUUCUCUCUGCCGAUCGCCGGGGAUCCGCUGAAUGUUGCCACGAAGCGUCAUGCAGAGACCACCCUGUCCAAUAAAAAGAAGAAACUCAAGUAGAUAACUGAGAAAGCUGCUGCGUUCUCUGGCCGCCGCACAGACAGUGGUGCGUCGACUAGCACCGAACACCGUACCAUAGCGACUACUCCCACCAUAUCCUCGAAUCGGAUUUUUCUCCGAAUGUACCGACCCACGUGUAGGAGUGCUGUGAAGGCAAGAUGUCUCGAGGACGGAUGUUUAUUAGUAUGUUCACCUUUGUUCACUCAUGUUAAUCAGUACUAUAUGAUUGUUGUUUCAGUUCUAUUGAUUAAUGUUGUUUCAGUUCUAUUGAUUAAUGUGGUAAAUUUUAAAAAAUCAUUUGUGUAAUUGUAGUAACA